AUGCUGUAUCAACUAGCCCUCAGCAGUGUGUCGAGGAUGCUGUUCUCCUGCCUGAUGCUCCUAUCUCAGGUGCAGGGAGAAGAUUCCCAGAAGAAAGUGCCUUCUCCACGUAUCAGCUGCCCCACAGGUUCCAAGGUCUAUCACUCCUACUGCUACACCCUGUUUAUGACGCCCAAAUCCUGGUAUCAAGCAGAUCUGGCCUGCCAGAAGAGACCUUCUGGACACCUUGCAUCUAUUCUUAGUGAGCCUGAGGCUUCCUUUGUGUCAGCCCUGGUGAAAGGCAGGGUGAACAACUACCAAGACAUCUGGAUUGGGCUCCAUGAUCCCACAAUGGGUCAAGAACCCAAUGGAGGUGGAUGGAAGUGGAGUAACUCUGAUAUAAUGAAUUACUUUAACUGGGAUGGAAAUCCUUCUGCUGUAAACAGUGGUCACUGUGGGAGUCUGACAGCAAGCUCAGGAUUUCUGAAAUGGGGAGAUCAUCACUGUGAUGGGGCAUUACCUUUUGUCUGCAAGUUCAAGGAGUAA